AUGCUUGUGCUCAAGCUCCUUCCUGUCUGCCUCUGCUUGGCGCAAUGGUCAGCGGCCGCAGCUGUGCCCCCAACCAAUGGGUCGGGUACAUGCACAAAUCCUCCCAAGAGGAUGGAAUGGCAAGUCUAUCAUAAAUGUCCUCAAUGGAGGAAAUCUUACACUGAGGCGGUUUUGUGCCUGACGCGCGUCAAAGCCGGGUCCCCCCUAAAUGGUACGGUAAAUCGCUUCGAUGAGUUUCAAGCUGUGCAUAAGGAACAGACACCCUAUAUCCACAUAGUGGGACAAUUUUUACUCUGGCACCGUUAUUUCCUUGCGACAUAUGAAAAGGCACUGAAAGAUGAAUGCGGAUGGACUCUUGGUCAACCAUACUGGGACUGGUCAUUGGAUGCAGAGCCUCUUAAUGAAACUUCCGCCCGCAUUUUCGACUCUGCCAUUUUCAACCCCGACACUGGCUUUGGUGGCAAUGGAUACCCAAAGGUAGCUCCACCCGAAAUGAACCCUCAGAAUUUAACUGGGAAUACUGGCGGUGGAUGCGUCAUGAAUGGCCCAUUUGCGCCUCCAAAUUUUAUGCUGAACUUGCCUACGCCACACUGCCUGGUGCGAGACUUUAUGCCAUGGAUCAUCAACCGGUUGGCAGCACCGAAGUUAGUUGAGGAAGCCUUGGCUCAGCCAGACUACUUCAGCUUCGCAAAAACCGUGGAGAAUUGGCCUAAGCCUCGUCUGUCUAGCAUCCAUUCAAGCGGUCACUAUGGUGUUGGUGGUAUUCAAGGAACUAUGGCGGAUGCUGAAGAGAGUCCAGGUGAUCCGCUCUUUUACUGUCAUCAUGGCAACAUUGACCGUAUCUUUUGGCAAUGGCAACAAAAAGACUUGACAGCACGACUGAAUGAAGUGGGUGGGCCUAUCAAACCUUUUGACUAUAGUGGGAAGAACGUCACUCUGGACUUUGAGGUCAACAUCGGCCCGCUGGCGGGCAACGCCACAAUCAAGGAUCUGCUGAAUACCGAGGGCGGGUACACUUGUCCGGCUUUAUCUGACGAGGAAAGUCAAGAGAUGGCAUGA